GAAUUAGUUUGUGGCUUCAUUUUUAAGGGUGAGGUGUUAAGAGAUUUCCCUCGUCGUUUUUAUAUUGUUCUGACAUAAAGUACAAAAUGCUAGUGUAGUUCUAUCAACUAAAAGUGCUCGAAUAUGUGUCGUGAUAGUGAAUUAUACGAGAACAGUUUCAUUAAAGUGUAGUUUCCAUCAUGUUUCGAUGUAUACCUUUGUUCAAAUGUAAUCGUCAAGUGGAAUGUGUAGACAAGCGGCACUGCUCGUUGCCAACAGUACCUGAAGACAUUUUACGUUACUCCAGGAGUUUAGAAGAACUGUUUUUGGAUGCUAAUCAUAUACGAGAUCUACCUAAGAACUUCUUCAGAUUACAUCGACUGAGGCGUUUGGGUCUUAGUGAUAAUGAAAUACACAAAUUGCCAUCAGAUAUUCAGAACUUUGAAAAUUUAGUUGAACUAGAUGUAUCUCGAAAUGACAUUCCCGACAUACCAGAAGACAUCAAGAAACUCCGUGCUCUUCAGAUCGCGGACUUCAGUAGCAACCCUAUACCUCGGCUGCCAGCUGGAUUCAGCCAGCUCCGGUCGCUCACGGUUCUUGGCCUCAAUGAUAUGUCACUCACCAGCCUACCUAGCGACUUUGGCAGCUUGGUGUCUCUCCAAUCACUGGAGCUGAGAGAGAAUUUGCUGAAGUCCCUGCCGGAGUCAUUGAAAAAUCUUAUUAAACUGGAAAGAUUGGACCUUGGUGAUAAUGAAAUCGAAAUACUUCCCGGCUUUAUUGGCGAGUUGCCGGCACUACAAGAGUUAUGGCUCGAUCACAACAAGCUACAGUAUUUGCCCUCAGAAAUAGGAAAUUUGAAGGCUUUAAUAUGCCUCGAUGUUAGCGAGAACAAACUCGAAAAGAUACCAGAAGAGAUCGGUGGAUUGUGUUCGUUAACGGAUCUGCAUUUGUCGCAGAACAUGCUCGAGACUAUACCAAACGGUAUUGGAAAUGUUGGGAAGUUAGCAAUAUUAAAACUGGACCAAAAUAGACUACAUACGUUAAAUGAAAAUGUGGGAAGAUGUACAAACCUGCAAGAGCUUAUUCUAACGGAAAAUUUUCUGACAGAAAUGCCAAGAUCUAUAGGAAAUCUGAACGAGCUGACGGUACUCAAUGUUGAUAGGAACUCCUUGGGUGAAAUACCAGCUGAGAUAGGCAAUAUGACAUUGUUGGGUGUACUAAGUCUGCGAGAUAAUAAACUAACAAAGCUGCCAAACGACCUAGGAAACUGUAAAUCCCUCCAUGUUUUAGAUGUUAGCGGUAAUCGAUUACAAUAUCUUCCAUAUACCCUGGUCAAUUUAGAGUUGAAAGCAGUGUGGCUGUCUGAGAACCAAGCGCAGCCAUUGCUAACCUUCCAAGCAGACAGAGACGAAACAACUGGCGAGAAUGUCCUCACGUGCUUUCUAUUACCUCAGCUGAGUUACACACAACAACCAGAGUUGGAACACACGUCAGAGGUCGGCAGUGGCACGUGGUUCAGGGAACACAGAUUUAAUUCACAGUCGCAGGAGCUUGAUAGGAUAAGAGAAUCAACGUUUUCACGUGACCGCGACUCCGACGAGGAUUGGGAAGAAAAGGAAGCAUCGCGUACAAUAUCAGUGAAAUUUACUGAAGACGUCUCAGAAGCGAAAGAGACGCCGUUCGUCCGUCAAAAUACACCUCACCCAAGGGACCUUAAGGCGAAAGCGGUUAAACUAUUCACGAGGACGCCGGAGCAGCAGAAUGAAGCACCAACGACCAAUGGAAUUAUCUCACCAGAACCUGUUCAAGCCAAGGAAAUUAUCGAGCCGCCACCGGUACCGCCUGCGCAGGAGACACAAGACGAAGAUAGCGAUACACAGACACAUGACAAGGAAUCAACCGACGGAGAAAAUUACGACAAUGACGAAUCUGAUGAACUAGAGCGGGCAGGCAGACGUGUAGCCUGGCGAGGGGUAACAGAACGUGGUCCGACCGGACCGGUGGGGGGUCGGUUGCAUCGGCGAGACACCCCCCACCACUUGAAGAACAAACGCAUCAGCCAAGUGGACGCUGGAAGAGCCAGGGAACUUAUUGCGCAGGCGAUCAAGAAGAAAGAGCAGCCUGAAGAACAUAAAACAGAUGACGAAGAAGGGGUCGAUGAUGUUCCUGAUGGUGAAUCAGUAUCGGAUCGUCCUGAAAGCGAAACGAGAAUACCAGGCGAGCAGAGAUGCAUGGAAGUUAGAAUUGCACGAGCGGCGGGAGGGCUCGGUCUCAGUAUAGCUGGAGGCAGAGGAUCUACACCUUACAUCGGUGAUGACGAAGGCAUAUUCAUAUCGCGGGUCACGCCUAGUGGUCCAGCUUACCAGGCUGGACUUAGGGUUGGUGAUAAAGUACUAUCCGUUAACGGCACUUCUGUUAUUGAGGUGGACCAUUACUACGCCGUGGAAGUUCUAAAGGCCAGUGGAGCCACACUCACGUUAGUUGUCACUAGGGAGUCUCCUACGUCUACGAGAACGCAUAGCCGUGCUCCUAGUGGAGCGAGCCAUCACUCAAUAUCUACGGCCGAUACAGUAUCAACACUCGAGAAUGGACAGAUAUUAACCGGUCGUGGUAUACCAACGAAGCAGUUAAUUAUAAGCAAUCAGUAUGCGCAAGAGUUGGAGCCGGAACAGAAGGACCAAUUGCAUUUUACGAGUCCGAUUAUAUCAUCAUCACCUAUUCCUUCACCUACUCCAGCCACUUAUCACCGACUUGAGGCUUCACCACCUCCCGCUACGCAACCUUAUAUACCACCAGUGUACUACCAAAAAGUCCUAGUACACACGACGCUUAUUCGUGACGGUGCCGGGCUCGGCUUCAGCAUAGCUGGUGGAAAGGGAUCUCCUCCGUACAGAGAUGACAGUGACGCUAUUUAUGUCUCUCGGAUAUCCCCACAGGGGGCAGCCGCUAAGGACGGAAAGAUGGCUGUCGGAGAUAAAGUUGUGUCGAUAAAUGGUGUCGACAUGGAGAACGCUUCGCACGAGGCCGUUGUGGCGAUGCUUACGGGUCACGAGAGAUUCGUCAGACUUGUUCUCCAACGCAGUAUCACUCCUGAACAAGCGGACGCCCUAGCUCGAAAAUCGACGUCAGAAGAUGUGAGAGAGCACAAAACAAGUCUCACCAAUUUGAAUUCGAACAAACCAAUUGCAAAUCACGUAUCACAUAACCACACAGCUCCACGAGUUACGACACACGUUGCCCCACAGAUCGCCCCACAAAUCGCCCCACAAAUCGCUCCACAAAUCGCUCCAAAAGCCCCACUAAAACUUAAUAUACAGUCACAAAAUAUCCCGCCCCAACCAGCGCCAAGGAAACUUAGUCAAACCAACGGAACGGCGGAAAGGAAGCCAACUAACAGUGCGAGCACGCCUCUAACGCCCGCCGGUAGAUUGCACGGAUCUAACGACGAUGUCUUCGACGACAUACAGCCGGCGCGGCCGAUCACGAACGAGGAGUUCCAAGCGAUGAUCCCGGCUCACUUCCUGGGCGGGCCUCGGGCUCCGGCCCCGCCUGCUCAGGGGCUCCGCAUCACCGUGGAGCGGCCUCAGGCCGAAGUGCUUCUGCCUCCCGCGCCCUCCGCCCUCGGCCGCGUCACUGAGACCAUCACCAAGUCCACUUUCACCGAGACGACGGUCACCCGGGUCACAGAUAACCACCUAGCGACGCCAUUGAUCAUAGAAGACGUGACGUUGGUUAAAGAGGGUGGUUCACUUGGCUUCAGUAUUAUUGGAGGGACAGAUCACUCGUGCGUUCCAUUUGGCGCUAAGGAACCUGGAAUAUUUAUAUCACAUGUGGUGCCUGGAGGUGUAGCAGCUCGCUCGGGCAAGCUUCGUAUGGGCGAUCGCUUGCUUAAAGUCAACGGAAACGAUCUCAUCGGUGCAUCGCAUAGAGAUGCAGUUCAACUUUUAUUGCAGCCAGGGAACACACUCGCGUUAUCUGUGAGACACGACCCAUUGCCACCCGGAUUCCAGGACUUAACAAUAGUAAAGCAAGAAGGCGAAAAACUGGGUAUGCAUAUAAAGGGUGGGCUGAAUGGCCAACGAGGAAAUCCCAACGACCCUAACGAUGAAGGAGUUUUCAUAUCUAAGAUUAAUAGCGGUGGAGCUGCCAGGAGAGAUGGUCGACUAAAGGUGGGCAUGCGAUUGUUGGAAGUGAACGGCAUCUCGCUUCUGGGUGCGACUCACAAUGAAGCCGUGAACGCUCUACGCUCCGCUACAAACGCUCCUUUACACCUAGUGGUGUGCCACGGUUACUCACGACCUGAAAAAUAUACCACCGGUAGCGAGAGCGGGACAGGAGAGACAGGAGGUUCGCUGUCUCACUCUACGUCCAGCCUAGAUCGGGACGACACCCUUCAUCAACAACAGGACAACAAUGUGCACCAAGAUAUUGUACAGUUUGAGCAAGAAAAGCAAGUAGCUGAGAUGAGAGAAAAGUCUACACCAGAAAAGGUAAUGGAUAUAGUGCACGCAGUGGAAAGUAUCGCACUAGACCCCGGUCCGCCCAUUUCUCCAGAACCUCAACAUAAAACAACUACAGUCGUAAUGUCCAAACACACGCUGCAGCCUCAGUCGUCUAGUUCGCAAGCGGCGCCGCUUUCGCCGCUCGCGGUGUUCACGGAACAAAAGGUGAAGACGCCUCCUCCGAUGGACAACGGUACUCCCGUGGAUCCGCCGCUUCGUCCGCGCCCUCCGCUUCAACCGCCCAAACAGAAACCUCAAGUUCCCCGCAAACCGCAAAUCAAGCGAGUUAGUUUCACUCCGGAUUCAAAAGACGUACACGACCUAUCCUUGUCGACAAACGAACGAACGAACCCUCGACCCGUAACGCAUGAAUUGCAUGAACGCUCCGCGACAGAAUCGGAUACUAACAAUGCAUGCCCAGAAAAGACCCCAUUACUAACUCAGAGUCAGACCAAGGUCGAAAUCAAAACGAUAGCCAACACUGUUCGUCCUGAAGAUUUUAUUAUUCCCCCUCCGCCAUUAUUUGCAACAAAAGUAAGUGAAAGUAAAUUAAUUCACGAUGAUUUAAACGACGUAGUGCCGCUAAUAGCUGUUGUCCCCGAGCGCAUCGUGCUUCCACAACCGACUGUGGCAGAAACAACCGUGCAGUCCUCUAACUCCACAAAUUCGCCAGAAACAGAAAACCCUCCUCCAAUCAAUUAUACAGCGUAUCCGCAUUUGGAUCCAACCGUUAAAAUCAUCGAUAACAAUUUAGGUCCAACCCUAUUUUCUGAAGUACCUUCUCAACAAAUCUUCCGUAAUGAACUACCGUCAUUCGAAAGUGACGAACAUUAUACAGAGCUGUCCGUCAGUCCCAGUGGCCAACCUGGCCCGCCCGAAUUACUGCACGCUCAAUAUAAAACUCUUCCUACCGUUUCGCACGUACCUAAUUCGCCUUGUUAUUUACAUCCAACUAGAAGUUAUUUCGCUGACAUGGCCAUUUCGAAUGAGAAUCAAUCAUUAAGAGACUUGCGUGUUAAAAAUAUACCCUCCAUGGUGCACUCCACGACAUACCCACCCUACGACCCAUAUCCAUCCUUAACUACGGUAGCUGGAACAUAUAAUCCAUACACAUGUAUCGUGCCGCCUCCUACUGGUCAUAAAUCUCUAUCCCCUACAUUAGUCAGUUGUGUAGAGAAGGACAUAAACUCUAAUUUAAACCAAAGCGUUCAUGAUGUGAGUAAUCGGCCCAAGAGUGCCCAGUCUGAGAGAAGAGUGCAUUUUGGCGAAGUGACGAGUACUCUUGAAUCCGAUAUACCGAAAAGUUUGGAAUCCAUGCGAGAGGGAAGCCCUUCGCCCGCAUCCUUGAAACCCGCAUGGAGCAGCAAAAUCAAAUCCUUCGCUAUCGGCGAGACGUCACCACCUCAAUCUGGUAAUUUUGUAAAAGCAUCUGUCAGCGAUAAGAAAAAGUUUUUUGAGAACGCCAUGGAAGAGAGCCAUAAAUCGUCACCAAAACCAGAGAAAGUCUUCACCUUUCUGUCGGCCGAUGAGGUAGAAAAAUUAAAGCAAGAAGAGGAGAGGAAAAUGGCGUCGUUGUCACGUUCCGAGAUGAGUUCUUGGUCCCCGGGGGAGGAGCGUAGCGGAGAAAGUGAACAUUCUGAUGAUGAGCCUUAUGAAAAUGGACACAGCGUAUCACUAGGCGGCGUGAGUCCAUCAGCGAAAUCCCAAAGGCGUAGGGCUGCGCGUGAGAACGCAGAACACGAAGACGCGGACGUACGUGCGGCGCGACGAGCAGCUUGGAGAGCUGCACGUCUACGCUCUUUGGAAAAGGAUGCGAUUGAGUCACAAAAAGCAAUUAAAAGCAUGGUGGGCCCGGCGCAUGAGAUCAUUGGAGAAGUCCCUCCAAGGGACACCUCUCCUUCAGAGAAAUGGCCCCUGCCACGUAUCGCGUUACGUACAAAACCGGGCCAGAUACUGGCCGUCAAGGAGAAGGAAAAGUUAUUAGACGAGAGAAUAACGCUCCGCACCGAAGAAUACGUAUGUCCCGCGACCGGCGAUACUAAGGUCCGAACCGUCGAGUACAUUGAGAAAGUCAUAGAGAAAGAGGUGGAGACAACACAAGAGAAAAUUAUAUCAUUGGAAUUGACGACGAGUCCCAGUAGUGAGACGGCACCCACAGAUCUAGAGGGUACUGUAAUAGGUCUCGGGGAAGGGGAAACAGAAGGAGACAACUCCCUCCAACCUGACAUAGUGCAGGUUGUAAACCCCUUGCUCGACGGCGGCGCUGGCCGCGUCACCGCCAUCUCCGUGGGACCGGCACAGAGGCUCACAACCUACUCCGAACACGAAUAGACAGCUCGUGCCCGACAAACUAUUGUAUUUUUAUUUUUCUUUUCCAAUUUUGCUUUAUUCCGCAAAAUAUCCCAAAAGGAAUCACUUAAAAAUAUUAUUAGUUCGUGCGUUCUCGCUAGGUGCGUGGGAGUCGCCAUUACAAUCAACAAUUCACGACACGAUUCCGUCGAUGAUCGUUCGUAGAUUUCUUCGGAACAACGAAAUUUCUCACCAUCUUCUGUAUUAACUGUGAUAAUAAAAAUAGAAAUUCCACCGAUUAAUUGAGGUAGAAGAAAUCCACUAACGAUUUUUUGUAUGCAUUUUACGAUCACAAUUUUGUUUUUUUAUUUUUUUAUUUUUUUUUGCAACGGAGUUUUAUUUUGAUAUUCUACUUUGAGUACUUUACGUAUUAUGAUAUUUUCAUUCCGUCAUUUAUUGAUCGACUGAAUGUUGAUGCAGUGGUAAUUGUGACUUAAACGUUAUAUAUUUUGAGAUUAGGUGUACAUAACACCUGUAAUUAAUUCUAAUAUUAUUGGCAUCACAGUCUUCGUUUGAUUUUAGAUUAAAGUAAGCUUUACGUAUUUUUCUAUUGUCAUCAAUCGUGCAGUAUCUGUGUUCGGUGUAUUAUUUUAAUUCAAUUAUUUUAUUGUAAUAGUUGUAUGUGGUGCCUUAAUUAUUAUUGUAUAAUAGCGAUUUUAACAAUGUCACUUGUUGUAAUAAAUUAUAAUAGAUUCCAAUUUUAAUUGUUAAUAUUUCAAUUAUUGCAUUUGUAACUGUAUGACCUUUUUACCGUGUUGUAUAAUUGUCUAUUGACUUAUCAAAUUGUAUAUUUCCGUUUUUAACUGUUUUUGAAAAUUAUUAAAUAGGUAUUCGCUAUGAAUGAAUUGUAUUGUGCGAAUGGUAAUUGUGUGCCCUUUGUAACUUUUUAAGCUCUUUAGCUACUUGUGGAUAUAAACUAAUGAAUUAUUGUACGUUUGUCCUAUAAAUGGUUUAAUAUAUAUUUUAAUAAAAAUA